AUGUCUACUGAUGCUGUUCAUGCAGAUCAAUCUAAAAUUGAGGCAGUCUUGAAUUGGUCCAAGCUAAAAACUUUGCACAAUGUCAGGAGUUUCCAUGGAUUGGCAUCCUUCUAUCCUCGGUUCAUCAGAAACUUUAGUACCUUGAUUGCUCCUAUCACAGAGUGCCUUAAAGGAUGUGAUUUUCAGUGGACCGAGGAGGCAGAGGCUAGCUUUCAGUUGGUUAAGCAAAAGAUGACGGAGGCCCCAGUCUUGGCACUUUCGAACUUUGAGAAGUGUUCUAAAUCAAAUGGGCGUCGAAUAGCCAUUUUUAGUGAGAAGCUAUUGGGAUCGAAGAAAAAUUAUUCCACUUAUGACCUGGAGUUCUAUGCCAUAGUUCAGACUCUGAAGCAUACUGAUCAUGAGGCCUUGAAGUACAUCAAUGGUCAGCAUAAGCUGAGUAGGCGACAUGCAAAGUGGGUGGCUACUUGCAGGAGUUUACUUUCACACUAA